CCCGGAGUCUGUGCGAAGUUCGCAUCGUCAGCCACGACUACGAGCAGCCCGAUUAUUCCUCUAAGAAGCACAACUGCGUUCCAAGGGACAACCUCUUAUAUCAUCAAAGACAUCCCGAAUAGCAUGAGCUUCCUCAUGACGCACGCAAUGCAACAUGGCCAACUCACGCAGUCGGAACAGUAAACCACAGAAUCCAGUGUUUUGCACUUGGCCUGGGUGCAAUAAAAGCUUCACCCGGGAGGCAGACAAAGAAAGGCACCGCUUGAAUAUACACCUUAAGCAAAAGUGUCUGUGUCCUUUCCCAGAAUGCAGAGAGAAAGCCUUUCGGGCGGAUAAGUUGAAGGAGCAUGAGAGAAAGCGCCAUCAACCAAAGCAGAAGGGAAACAAAACAGGAGACAAAAAUCGCAAAGCAGGUAGAUCCUCUGGAAGAGCAACGUUUCGAAUUUCGAAGGCCGCUCUCGCACGAACGACCUCAGAUACCAUUCUCCACAAAUCAACUGAAUCGAUGAUUCAGACAACCACACCCAGCGUCGACCUCUGCGAGGCACUAUUGAUGGAAAUGAAUGUUGAUGACGAAGCGACUAUCCGGAUGGCAGAUGUGAUGUGUCCACCUUACAUACUGGGGCCUCAAGCUGAUUUUCCCAUGGCACACGCCAAAGCCUUGUUCGAAUUAGAUACUUCAUCACUUCAGAAAGCAUUGGAUGAGGCAAUCGCCGCCUCUAGAGACUGGAUGAAGGACGAGUCCGCUAACGCAGACAUGUAAAGCUGGGCUGUCUGAUACAAAUACUGCUCUGAUGGUGGUUUAACAAUCUGCAAUGGUAGCUUUGCACAACAGCAGAACGAAACGAAGUCGCAGGCAGACACCAAAGUCACAAUUCAAGUGGUAUGAACAACGAUAUCAGAAUGAAGCCCGUAGCAUUGGUACUCUGAUCAGAUCAGUC